CUGUACCACCGUGAUACUCAGGAGUCAGAACCUUGAAUAUCAUAUUUAUAGUAGGGCAGUCGGAGUCUGCGCGCAACCCCACUUAUCUCCCAUUCCAACAUCAAAUUAUUAUGGCUCAAGCAAACAAACCCCAGGAAUUCGAGACGCUGCAGUUGCACGCUGGUCAAAUUCCUGAUCCUACAACCAAUGCUCGCGCAGUCCCUAUUUACGCCUCCACGAGCUUCGUCUUUAACGACUCUAACCAUGGCGCAGAACUUUUCGGCCUCAAGGCCUUUGGACACAUUUAUUCUCGUAUUGGCAACCCCACUGUCGAUGUUUUCGAGACUCGAAUGGCUGCCCUUGAAGGUGGUGUUGCAGCCGUCGCAACAGCCUCCGGUCAGUCUGCGCAAUUCCUUGCUAUAUCCACCAUAGCCAGUGCAGGUGACAACAUCGUUUCAACAUCAUAUCUCUACGGAGGGACAUACAACCAGUUCAAAGUAACGUUCAAAAAGUUUGGUAUCGGCGUGAAGUUCGUGGAUGGCGAUGAUGCGGCGCUUUUCGCAGCGGCAAUCGAUGAGAACACGAAGGCAAUUUACGUCGAGAGCAUUGGUAAUCCAAAGUACAACGUUGCGCCCAUUCCUGAGCUGGCAAAAGUUGCACAUGAUCACGGCAUCCCCUUAAUCGUGGACAAUACGUUUGGAAUUGGAGGAUACCUCAUUCGACCCAUCGAUUUGGGCGCAGACAUUGUUUUGCACAGUGCAACCAAGUGGAUCGGAGGCCAUGGAACGACGAUUGCAGGUGUCGUCAUCGAUUCAGGUAAAUUCAACUGGGCACGCUCCGGAAAGUUCCCGUCGUUCACGUCUCCCUCCGAGGGAUACCAUGGCUUGAUCUUUCACGACACAUUUGGUGCUGUCGCUUUCGCUAUCAAGCUUCGCGUCGAGCUCCUCCGUGAUUUGGGACCAGCCCUGAACCCAUUCGCCGCAUUCUUGCUCAUCCAAGGUAUCGAAACGCUUAGCUUGAGGGCUCAGAGGCACUCCGAAAACGCUUUGGCGCUUGCUCAGUGGCUGUCAAGACACGAGAAAGUCGCAUGGGUUUCUUAUCUUGGCCUAGAGAAUCACCCCUAUCACGAGAGGGCGAAGAAGCUUCUCCGCCCAAACGCCUUUGGUGGUGUUCUCAGCUUCGGGGUCAGGGGCGACGUUAGCGUGGCAAGCACGGUUGUCGACGGCCUUAAAUUGGCCAGUAAUCUCGCAAAUGUCGGUGAUGCCAAGACCCUUGUCAUCCACCCUGCGUCGACGACGCACCAACAGCUCAGUGACGAGGAGCAGCUGUCUUCGGGGGUCACGCCUGAUUUGAUCCGGGUAUCCGUGGGCAUCGAACACAUCAGCGAUAUCGUCGCGGACUUUGAGCAGGCUUUGAGGCAAGCACCCUGAUUUUCAAGAAGGAAAGAGAUUUGUAAUAGUACUGUUCCCUACAUAGUAUCAAUUGGACACGGUCGCCACAAAAGUUACAUGCACUGUUAUAGAGUCUUACCGACUCUCUGCCGAAUUAAAGGAACGAAAUGGUUGAUAAAUCGCUCAAAAUUUGCCGGGUGAUGCAUGUGCAUGAGAGAGGAAACAAAUACGACCAAGUUGAUUAAGUAAGAUUAUUAACAUGUUACAGCGAUCUACUCACAGCUACCCUAUUGUUUUCUUCCUCCCGCUGCCGCCUGCGUCGUUCCAUUCUACUUUAGUUGUCCAUUUUUAUAGUAGUAAGCAGCUCUGGGUGACCAAUAGUACCGUUCUCAAUACUGUUCACACGGGCGACAUCCCGCAUAUUUUGAUACCUAAUGCGUAUUCUUGUGCAGCC